AUGGCAUCCAAAUCCUUCUCGGAAUCCGCCAGCAAUGCGGCCAAGUCGGCCAGAGAAACCACGAAGAAUGCCUUUGAGAACCCCUCCCAGGCAGCGAACAGCUUCCUGCACCAACCCUACGUGCGAGCCGCUCUCCCCUUCAUUAACGGCGGUCUGGCCGGCAUGACGGCGACGGUCGUGGUGCAGCCGAUUGACAUGAUUAAAGUUCGCCUGCAGCUGGCCGGAGAGGGUCAACGGACUGGCCCUCGGCCCACAGCUCUCAGUGUCACCAGGAACAUCAUCGCCUCUGGAAAGGUGCUGGAUCUGUACACCGGAUUGAGUGCCGGUCUGCUUCGACAAGCCGUCUACACCACGGCCCGCUUAGGAUUUUUCGACACCUUCAUUGGCAUCCUCAACCGCCGGGCCGACUCUGCUGGCCGAAAAGUCACCUUCGGCGAGCGUGCCGUUGCCGGACUGAGCGCGGGUGGACUAGCAGCCAUGAUCGGGAAUCCGGCGGAUCUGGCCCUCAUUCGCAUGCAGUCUGACGGCUUGAAGCCGCCAGAGGCUCGUGCCAACUACCGCUCUGUGGUCGAUGCCCUGGUGCGGAUCUCCAAGAACGAGGGCAUCACGUCACUCUGGGCAGGAUGCCUGCCUACGGUUGUUCGCGCCAUGGCUCUCAACCUGGGCCAGCUGGCCUUCUUCUCUGAGUCAAAAUCGCAGCUGAAGGCUCACACGAACCUGUCCCCGCAGAGCCAGACCUUCGCAGCCUCUGCGAUUGCCGGUUUCUUCGCCAGUUUCUUCUCCCUGCCCUUUGACUUCAUCAAGACCCGCCUGCAAAAGCAGCAAAAGGACCCAAAGACGGGAGAGUUACCCUACAAAGGAGUGCUGCAUUGCGCUCGCAAGGUCGUGAAGGAGGAGGGUUGGUUGAGGUUCUACCGCGGGUUCGGAACAUACUAUAUUCGCAUUGCGCCCCACGCGUUAGUUUUUGUCCUUCCCCACCCUUGCCUAAGCGGAGACUAA